AUGGUACCCUCAUACAAGUACCUGGGGGUCACUCUGGACCAUAAACUGGACUGGUCCACAUACAAGUACCUGGGGGUCACUCUGGACCAUAAACUGGACUGGUCCACAUACAAGUACCUGGGGGUCACUCUGGACCAUAAACUGGACUGGUCCACAUACAAGUACCUGGGGGUCACUCUGGACCAUAAACUGGACUGGUCCACAUACAAGUACCUGGGGGUCACUCUGGACCAUAAACUGGACUGGUCCACAUACAAGUACCUGGGGGUCACUCUGGACCAUAAACUGGACUGGUCCACAUACAAGUACCUGGGGGUCACUCUGGACCAUAAACUGGACUGGUCCACAUACAAGUACCUGGGGGUCACUCUGGACCAUAAACUGGACUGGUCCACAUACAAGUACCUGGGGGUCUCUCUGGACCAUAAACUGGACUGGUCCACAUACAAGUACCUGGGGGUCACUCUGGACCAUAAACUGUACUGGUCCACAUACAAGUACCUGGGGGUCACUCUGGACCAUAAACUGGACUGGUCCACAUACAAGUACCUGGGGGUCACUCUGGACCAUAAACUGGACUGGUCCACAUACAAGUACCUGGGGGUCUCUCUGGACCAUAAACUGGACUGGUCCACCAACACUGAGACCGUCUACAAGAAGGGCCUGAGCCGGCUUUACUUCCUGAGGAGGCUCAGGAAGUGGAGGACAGGAUGUAUCUGCUGCUGCAUUCUGUCCUUGUUUGGGCACGCCCACCACCUCAUGCAGCGCACAACGUGCUCAGCACGUCACACUGUUUUCAUUCAUCACAGACAAUGGACCAUGAUGGCGGCAGUUUCAACACAGGGGCUUGGUGGUCGCAAACGUAGAGACGACAUAUGGGUGUAUUUUAAAUAUAACCCAGCAGAAAAUAAAACGGAGUGUAUUGUGAAGGAAGAUGGUGACAAAUGUGGCCACAAAGUAGGCGGAAAAAAUACGACCAACCUUAAGCGGCACCUGAAGGCUCGUCACAAGGAUAUUUUUUCAAAGAUCCCAGAGACCAGCACUCCUAAAGAGAAACCUGGUGGUCCAAAAAACAACAGGGCACAGUCAUCUAUCCCAGCAGCCUUCGCCGCAGCAUCCAAAUAUAAGUCGGACUCCCUGGAACAACGUGCCAAAGAACAGGCGAUCGCUCUUUGGAUUGGACGUACUGGUCUACCUGCUUGCACAGUUGAGGAUGAAGAUUUCAUCCUCAUGAUGGAGACCUUUGAUAAGAGGCUGACCAUGCCCAAAAGAACAAAAAUAAACAACUUAGUUGACAAGAUGUUUGAUGAUGAAAAACAAAAGUACAAAGAGAGGCUUGCCACAGCACGCAAAAUAACAAUUGGGCUGGACAUAUGGACCAAAAAAGGACUUACAGCAUCAUUUCUGGGAAUUAGUGCAUGCUUUUUUUGCACUGUGGAAAACAAAGCAAAGCACAUAUUGUUGAGACUUGACCAGAUCGCCCACCCACACACUGCAGAGUGUAUAAAAACCAGUGUUGACCGAUGCACAGAGGACUGGGGAAUACCACAACACAAAAUUCUGACAGUCAUAACAGAUAACGGAAGCAACAUGAUUGCAGCGUUCAAACCUAAUGAAUCGGAUGCAUCAGCCAGCUCCGAGGAAGAAUCCUCCGAGACAAGUGACACUGAAGACUCUGAGGUGGUUGAAGACCAAAGGUUUGGACACACAGACAGGACUCCCUGUGUUGUACACACACUGCAACUCGUGGUGAACAUGAUCCAGAAAGAUGCAAGUGUCAGCCGACUGUUGGGCAAAGUUAGAUCGCUUGUCAAGCUCUUCCGCAAGUCAUCUGUGGCAACUGAGCGACUGCUGCAGCUGUGUCAACUAACUCUGGUCAAAGACUGCCCUACUAGAUGGUCCAGCACAUAUCUUAUGAUAUCACGGCUUCUGCAAAUCAAGGACUCAGUAGUUCAAGUUGCAGAUGGGAUGAGCUGGGACUAUCUACUGCCAAGUGAGUGGCAGAGGCUGACUGCUCUGAGAGAUUUACUCGUCCCCUUCACUGAGCAUACCCAGAUGCUCCAGAGCGACACACAGUCUUUAUCCCUUGUUGUGCCUGCCCUUCUGGACCUGCAGGGUCAUCUGUCUGAGUUCCCCCAUGCCCAGGGUUCUAGCUUCAAGGACCUAGCUUCCCUGGCAAUGAAGAUGAAGGCAAACAUGGACAAGCGGUUCAGCUGCUUUCUUGAUCACACUGACUCUAAGUUUUCACCCCUCACUGCUGCUGCAUGCUUUCUCGACCCAACAGUUUCACCUGAAGCACUCCUUGAAAAUGAUGAUGAGCAAAUUACAGCGCUUCUGGAAAAAGCAGAAGAGUACAUUGCUCAGUUGGUGCCACCAGUUGUACGGGAAGAGGAGGUUGAAGAUGAGGAGCCAGAGGAGGAAGAAAAGGAAUCAAAAGAGGGACCACAAAGAAAGCGGCCCAGAUUCAAAUUCUUGUCAAAAGCAAGCCGGCCAUCCAGGUCUAGCUGCUCAAAGCCAUGUGUCAAGGAGGAAAUAAAGAAAUUCAAGGAGCAGCUGUCACAGCCUACAAACGAAGAGACUGCCCUUGAAUUUUGGGCUGCACAGGGAGAUUCUGUUUAUCCAAGCCUAAAACCUAUCGCCUUAGAUCUUCUGGCCAUGCCAGCAUCUCAAGCAUUUGCUGAGAGAGUGUUUAGCAUUACAGGUGACCUCACUCGUGGCCGUCGAAACAGAGCAAGAGCCAUUUUAGAGCGAAGCGCUUUUCUGAAACUAAAUCGAGGUCAGUAGGCUAAUUUUGCUAACAGCAAGCUGUUACUGUUAUUAGUACAGAUACAUAUGUGAUUGUGAUAUUCUGUUUGUUCUUGUUGUGAGACGGGCCCUCCUCUGAUUUAUAUUAAACACUGCUGUUGUUUUUAUUUAUUGAAUUUACUACAUUGUUUACAUUAUUUACAGGGUGGUCUUAUUUAUUUUGUUCCAAAAACUUAAGAACAUGUUUGUUUCAUACAUCCAAGUAUGUAUAACUCUCUUGUAUAACUUACAACCUACCUCACUGUACCUCAGGAAUCUUUAAUUAUUUUAUUACAUUGUUUGCAGAAGUUAGAGAUGGAGUGGGGUUAUAGGAUGUCUGUUUUUACAAAUAAUGUUCUUCUUAAUUGCACUGGCAGACAAGGCCAAGUUGAGCAUAUGUGUUCUUCAUCCAUCACUCAUAUUUUGGGCAUGUGUAUGUUCAUUGUACUUUAGCAAAUUCUGAGAAAUAAAGCCACAAUUGC